CAGCCAAUAAAUGUUGAACACAAAGCACGCGUUCUCGACGGCUCAGUAGCAACUCUCAAGGCAUUCCGUUUCGAGUUUCAUUGGCGCAGGAGCGUGCGCACUCGCAAAUAAAAUAAAAUAAAAAAUAGUAAAAAAACCAUCAAAAUGUUCCCAUUACGUCGUGUCGGCAAUAAGAUUUUAGAACAAUGGCGGGCUCCUAUUGUGGUGGCGGCAAAAUCGCAGAAAUACAGCACGGACACUCCUCGUCCUUUAACAAUGCUGACAGACGAUGAAUUAGCAAUGAAAGAAACAAUUCGAAAACUCGCAACGGAACAAAUCGCACCUCUAGUCAAGAAAAUGGAAGAUGAACACAAAAUCGACGAAGGCAUUAGGCAAAUGCUUUUUGACAAUGGCCUAAUGGGCAUUGAAACGCCAGCGGAAUACAGCGGCUCAGGAUGCGGUUUCCUCACCAUGAUGUUAGUUGUUGAAGAGUUAUCGAGAGUAGACCCGGCAGUUGCCGCUUAUGUAGACAUUCAUAAUACCUUAGUUAACUCGCUGUUCAUGAAAAUCGGUACUGAAGAACAGAAGAAGAAGUAUUUGACGAAAUUGUGUACGGAAUAUGCGGGUAGUUUUUGCCUAACCGAACCGACAUCUGGUUCAGACGCUUUUUCCCUAAAGACUGUGGCCAAAAAAGAUGGCAAGAAUUACGUUAUCAAUGGCUCUAAGAUGUGGAUCUCCAAUUCCGAUGUGGCUGGAGUGUUCCUUGUUAUGGCUAAUGCUGAUCCUUCUAAGGGUUACAAAGGAAUCACAUGUUUCAUUGUAGAGCGCGAUACACCCGGUCUUAGUGUCGCCAAACCAGAGAAUAAGCUCGGUAUCAGAGCUUCUGGCACUUGUAUGGUGCACUUCGAUAAUGUGAGGGUACCUGAAGAAAACAUCCUUGGCGAGUAUGGAAAAGGCUACAAAUACGCAGCCGGUUUCCUCAACGAGGGCAGGAUAGGUAUCGCGGCACAAAUGAUCGGUCUGUGCCAGGGCUGCAUGGACGCAACUAUUCCUUACACGCUUGAGAGGAAACAGUUCGGCAACCCUAUUUAUAAAUACCAGGGCAUCAGUUACCAAAUCGCGCACUUACAAACUGAACUAGAAGCCGCUCGCUUGCUCACUUACAACGCGGCGAGGCUCAAGGAGCACGGCAUGGAGUUCGUAAAAGAGGCCGCUAUGGCCAAAUAUUAUGCUUCUGAAAUUGCUCAAACCCUAACAUCAAAGUGCAUAGACUUCAUGGGAGGUGUUGGCUUCACCCGAGAUUUUCCACAAGAGAAAUUCUUCAGGGACGCUAAAAUCGGCACCAUUUAUGAAGGAACAAGCAACAUGCAACUACAAACCAUCGCUAAAUUAAUCGAAAAGGAAUACAAACAAUAAAAUUAUCUUUAUAAAAUAGACUAUUUUUAUAUUGAAAUUGUAUAAAUGCAUUUAUAAAUAAAUAUACAGGUAUAUUUUAAAAA